UACAACAAACGACAAAGUGCCUUCGUGCCACACGCGUGGGCAUUAUUAUUUAGGUUUUUAUUUUCCUUCAUACCUGUUGGCAUGGUACGAAUCAGCCCAUCUCCCCGUCCAGCCCAACAAACUCGGCUCGAUGUACCCGUAGGCCACCUCCUCGGAAAGGAAAAUCUGCGUGUGCCAUCCUGUAAAGAAAAAUCUAGCGUUGGCCUUCUCAAGGAAAGAAACAAGCUCUUCUCAAAAAAAAAGGGGGAAAGAAACAAGCACCGCCGUCUAAAAAGGGCUCGCCGUCGUCCCCAUUUCCGGCACUCUUACAUGCAGAUGCAGGAUCCUCCGCCGCUGACGGGGGAAACCCCAGACCGUGGAUCGAUUGCUCCAAUCUGCAACCCAAAGGGCUCACCCUGGCAGCAAGAUGACGAUUUUCAAAGUGACUGUGUCGAAGCAAUACGAUCGUUGGGCGACCUUCCAGAGGAUAUCUGUCGACGUAUUCAUGCCCGAAUGCCACUGCGAGAUGCUGCCCGCUUGGCUUGUGUAUCACACAAAUUUUGGAGAUCAUGGAGAUGCUAUCCCAAGCUUGACUUACGUCAGGAAACACUAGGUUUGAAUGGAGAUCUCAUCAGUAAAGUUGACAGUAUUCUGAAAAAUCACUCGGGCGUUGGCUUGAAGGAACUAAAUAUUGAACUUUCUAGCUGUGACAAGGUUGAUUCUUGUUAUAUCAGUAGUUGGCUUCGUAUUGCUGUUACAGCAGGAAUUGAAGAACUCAGCCUUUUUCUGCCUCAUAUUCCUGAGGAAGAAGAAAACUAUUUCCCAUGCUCACCUUUACUUAAUGGGAGUGAAAACUCAAUUCGGUAUCUCGACAUAGGCAUCUGUGCCUUUCGUCCCACGGCUGGGCUUGGUCAUUGGAGUAGCUUGACAAGGUUAUAUCUGAGUAAUGUGCGGGUUGCUGACGAUGAGCUAGAGGGCCUUCUUUACAGUUCUGAUGCAUUGGAGCAUUUGGGAGUCCUGAAUUGCCCCGAGAUAGUUUGCCUGAAGAUACCUUGUCUGCUGCAGCGGCUUAGGCUCCUGACAGUGUCUUUAUGCAGAAAUCUGCAAGUGAUAGAUUGCAAUGCUCCAAAUAUCUCCAUUUUUCACUUCUCUGGUAGCUUAGUAUCGAUUUUCUUCGAAAGUGCAUUGCAAGUAAAGAAUGUUGAAAUGGAUUGUUUAGAAUCUGGUCAGUCCAACAUUGUCUUGCAUGCUCGGACCAAGCUUCUGUCCUAUGCGCCAAAUGUUGAAACACUUGCCAUAUCCUCGCCUAAUGAGAUGAUCAGUACACCAAUGCUACCUAGCAAAUUCCUCUGCCUCAAGUACUUGCAUAUUUCUCUAAUUGGAGAUGAAGCUAUUUCACCAGCUUAUGAUUACCUUUCUCUGGCUUCUUUUCUUGAAGCUUCUCCUUGCCUGGAGACAUUCAUCUUGGAAGUGCGGCAGCCUUACAUGAAGCAUGAUUCAGUUGUCGAGGAUUCCUCGCACCUAAGAUGGCUACCACAGCAGCGUCACAACAGCCUAAAGAGUGUGACAAUCGUCGGCUUCUGCUCCGCAAAGAGCUUGGUCGAGUUGACAUGCCACAUUGUUGAGAACGCGGCAUCGCUCGAGCGCCUCACGUUAGACCAAUAUUUUAAAUAGCGCGCUACAAAAUAUAGCGAGGCCCUUCUCUAAAUGCUACACAAGUUAUAGCGCGCUAAUAGCGUGCUAUAUUUCAAAAUAGCAUUUGCAAAAAAAAAAAAUCAAAAUAUCUAGAAGUAAAGUAUUUAAGCAACUAAAUUUUUCAUAGAAGCAAGCAAUAUAUGCAUCUGAUAAAAGGAGUGAGAAAGCUAGUGGGAGAAUCUGAUAAAAAGAGUGAGAAAGCUAGUGGUCGUGGGUUGAUUUUGGCCUGCUGGACCUGUUGGGCUGUGCUUAUUUCAGUUUUGCAUGGUAUGCACGU